UAUAUAUAAAAGUUCUCCUUUCUGAUCGUGUCAGUUAAUAUUGUAAGUUUGGCGGAAUCAAUUAGUUACAAUGGCGGCAAGUUAUCAAUUGAUAAUUACUUUAUCAAUCUUUGUGAUUUGUGCCUAUGGUUAUUAUCCGGGUGACAAACCAAUAUUACCAGUACCAACAGAAUGUCCGUUAGUAGAUCCCAAAGACUCUACUGUACUCCUUAGUCAUGAAAAAUAUUGUACAAAAUUCUACAUGUGCUUAAAUGGAGUUAGAAUUGAGAUGGAUUGUCCAAAAUCUUGGAAGGGUUGUUCGCUUCAUUUCAAUAAAGUGCUACAAGUUUGUGAUUAUCCAGAACGUGCUGGAUGCGGUUGGACCAUGAAGGACGAUGAAGUAGAAGAUCCGAAAUGCAGAAAAUACAGGAAGAAUAUUGUCAAUAACAAUAAUGUCAAGAACUAUGGAGAAGAAGAAGAAGAGUGAUGAGAAAAAUUUGUACUCAGAAGAUCCCAAUGGAAAAAUAUAUUCUCACUAUUAAUCUUUCUAUAAAUAUUAUAAAUGUACAAAUGGAAAAA